CCUGGUCACACCUUGAGACAAAUGCCGGGAGCAAUGAUGUUCCUUCCGACGAUGCUGUCAUCCUGCAGCUGCAGAUGUCCAAGGACCAAGAGAAGCUCGUUGAAGCCUUAAAGGGUCAGCAAGAAGAGGUCAAAGUGAUGCAUCAGCUCCUCGGCGAGCAACAGGGGGAGCUGCUCCACCAGCAGAGAGACAUACUGGCGCAACAAAGGAAAAUGCAGUACUACAUCGAGCAAGUCAAGGCGCAGUACAGCAUGCUAUUGGACACCGUCAAGCAAAUGUCCAUGCAGAACCUGCAGGAGGAGCUGGACAGCCACAGGGAAAUUUUGAGUGAGCCAAGCGGGCCACGUCGAGUUCAACAGGCUCUCUCUUUGCAUAAGGUGGACAUGGAAGCCAGUGUCAUGGAGGUGGGCCAUUCCCUUGUGACCUGUGGGAGAUGUGACCCUGAGGAAUACUGUGACUUCAGGAGCGGUCAUCCACGUUGUGAAAAAUGUACCGUUUGUCCAGCCGGCUUCUUCCUGGUUGCCCAGUGUUCAGUCCACACCGACAGAAUCUGUCAGGACAGAGAUGAAUGCCUUGAACUUGCUGACCUUUGUGCGGAUGAACAUAAAUGUGUCAACACACCAGGUGGAUUUAGAUGUCAGGGAAUGACAGAGCGAGAUGCCAAAGCCGGCAUGUGUGGCCACGACUAUUUCUACAACUUGGAGAUGGAUGAGUGUCGGGCCUGCGCCGAGUGCGAAGGACAACCAGUGAGAUCACCAUGUACAUUUAGAACAGACACUGUCUGCUCUGGACCUUCUGUCGGUGACAGUGUCCUCUCCCUGUCCUGGACCGGAGAUGCGAGUCUCCCUGACACCAAAGGCCACAGGGUGAACCUCACCUCGCCAGGUGUGCAACUUGUCAUCCAGGCGGGGCAGCAUUCAAGCCUGGCAUCGGCCGAGGACGGACGGCUGGUGAUGAAGAAGCACGGGCUGAUAUGGCUGGAGCAGAGUCUCUCUGUGAAUCACGGCUGCCGUAGUUUUCUUCAGGUGUCUUUGCGUGUGAACACCAGCGAUGGUUCUCAAAGUCAAUACCUCAGCGGCAUCAGAAUCGAGCAACAGGAAGUGAGGUCUUUCCAGGGUGUCAGCAUCAGCUCGGUAGCGGAGGUCGCACCGGGUCACAUGAUCUCCACUUCUCUUUGGAGUGCUAACCGCAAUUGCAACCAGAGCAAUGAAGGUUUGCGGCUUUAUGACCGCUCAGCUUCUUCUCUAAGCCUCAUGUGGCUGUCCCACGACACCGGUGCUGUCGCCAUGACGGCGGACGCCACGCUGUCGGCUCACUACAACACAAACCAUCGUCCCGUCUUUCGUAUCAGCACUACUUCGGACCCCUACGUGGUGGUUCUGACUCAUGACGGGCGUGGGAUACGUUUUGCGGAAAGCGGUACUGUCCGCUUUGUCUUUCAGCAGGCGUUGUACUCAAUGGGACAGGCAUGUGUGAGCGAGGGUUUCCAAAUGUUGGCAUACCUUAGUCGGAACGGUACAGUUGUGGAGCUUUGCCGGACCUUCAAAUCCGGGGUUAACUAUCGCGACACAUCCAUAUCUCUCUCUGGAGCGACUGAAGUUGGCUCUGGAGACACACUGGCCUUUGAGAUUCUGUCUCCUGCUCAGUGCAAUGUCCGCUUCUUUAGUGACGAUACAGGCAUUAGUGGCCUCAGCUUGGUUUGGGUUCCUGCUGCGAUCUCUGCCUCUAUCUAUGCCUCCGUAGCUCAAAGCGGCCUUCGCUCGGGUGCCGUCCGAAACAAGCCUCUGUUCUUCCAUCAGACUAGUUCGCAGGUGUUCCAAAUGGGACUGUCAGGGGAGGAGUCCGCUAAACCCAGCCAAGAUUUUGUCUUCAGGGAGGGCGGUACUGCCAGUGUCGCUCUGGACCUGAAACUGAUUCACUCUUGCAGCCUGCUCAAGGUGACUCUACUCAGACUAAAUGACCUGUUGAGGCCUGGAGCAGGCUUGGAGGCAAAGGGUGCACGACCCAUCCCCCUGGCCCAACAGGUAGGAGGACAAAUGCCUGAUGGUAGUCAGUGGGCCAGUUUAAGCCUGAGGGCAUCCUUCCAGGUAUAUAAUGGCACAACCGUGUUCUUCACACUGGACUGUGUACGAGGACGAGUCAACCAGGUCAGCCACCAUGCAGAAAGUGGAGUGUCAGUCCUCUGGGUGGCAGCAUAACACUAGAUCUUGCUCCUUAUUUCACCACAUGAAUUCUAUUUCAGUGGACUGUAAUAUAUAUAUAUAAUUUUGUUUUACCUGUUAAAACAAUAUGAGAUACCAUAUGAUGAAUGUCUUUUGUUGCUUUUAGU